CCACACAGUCCCGCAACCUAAGGGAGUCGACGCCCGAGAAGAUCCCGUUGCUAGGGGCGUUUCCAAGGAGGGGCCGCGAGGAGGGGAGCUCUUCCGGGAGGAGGACAACCGGUAACCCGGAAGCGGUCGACAGUGCGGCGCUGUUUAAAGAUGGCGGCGGAGGAACCUCAGCAGCAGAAGCAGGAGCCGCUGGGCAGUGACUCCGAAGGUGUUAACUGUCUUGCCUAUGAUGAAGCCAUCAUGGCUCAGCAGGAUCGAAUUCAGCAAGAGAUCGCAGUGCAGAACCCUCUGGUCUCAGAGCGGCUGGAGCUCUCCGUCCUGUACAAAGAGUAUGCUGAGGAUGACAACAUCUAUCAACAGAAGAUCAAGGACCUCCACAAAAAAUACUCCUACAUCCGCAAGACCAGGCCUGAUGGCAACUGCUUCUAUCGUGCUUUCGGAUUCUCCCACUUGGAGGCGCUGCUGGAUGACAGCAAGGAAUUGCAGCGGUUCAAGGCUGUGUCUGCCAAGAGCAAGGACGACCUGGUGUCCCAGGGCUUCACUGAGUUCACAAUUGAGGAUUUCCACAACACGUUCAUGGACCUGAUCGAGCAGGUGGAGAAGCAGACCUCAGUAGCCGAGCUGCUGGCCUCCUUCAACGACCAGAGUACCUCGGACUACCUGGUGGUCUACCUGCGGCUGCUCACCUCAGGCUACCUGCAGCGGGAGAGCAAGUUCUUCGAGCACUUCAUUGAGGGUGGGCGGACUGUCAAGGAGUUCUGCCAGCAGGAGGUGGAGCCCAUGUGCAAGGAGAGUGACCACAUCCACAUCAUCGCGCUGGCCCAGGCCCUCAGUGUCUCCAUCCAGGUGGAGUACAUGGACCGCGGCGAGGGCGGCACCACUAACCCGCAUGUCUUCCCUGAGGGCUCUGAGCCCAAGGUCUACCUUCUCUACCGGCCGGGACACUACGACAUCCUCUACAAAUAGGGCCGGCCUGGCCUGCACUGCCCGCCCGCCCGCCCCUCUGCCAGGCUCUAGACAUGUACAGAGGAUUUUUGUGGUUGUAAAUGGUUAUAUUUCACUCCCCCCUUCCCCAUCACAUAACCUUCCGUGUUUUAUUAAAGGGGAUGCUGGUGGUGAGCCAUGUGUGCGCGUGUCCCUGCUGUCUGCCUGGCUGCUCUGUGUCUGGCUGUCCACCUGCUCCCCAACUGGACUCCUCUAGGCUUUCUGCCUGUCCACCCCCAGGCCUCCCCACCAGAAGUUUUGAGGGGGCUAGGUCUCUUGGGGACCCCUCCUGGUUAGUGGGGUUCUGCUCCCUUCCCUUUAGACCUCCCCACCUUUCCUCCUUAGCUGGCCCAGGGACUCCCAUGGGGAUCUUGGAAGCUCCCCGGGACCUUGCCCAGGGACCUAGGCCUGCCAAGGCUUCCAGCUACUCCCUCAUAGGCUCGGCCUCUACCCUGCCCUCCUGGCCAGGACCCCAGGUGCCUGCCUUCCAUUAGAGGCUACAUGCUCGGGGAGUCCUGACUAAAGAGGGCCAAGGUGCUGGUGGGGUCUAGCUCAGGGCAGGUGGAAGAGUGGGGCACCCCCUGUGGUGCCAACCUGGUGGGGGAGGGGCAGCCUUCAAGCCUGCGGUUAGUCUGCAGGCCCCAGGGCUCGCUAGGCGGCUAUUCUUCCCCCCACCGCCUGCAGGCCCCUGCCUGUCUCUGCUUUGCACCCCCUUUGCUCGGGCCACAUUGUCUCUGCGUUGCCUUCUAUUUGCCCGUCACCUCUUCUCUUUCCCCACCCCAGCACAUUUGGGGUCUCGGCCCCCAGGCUGUGAGCUCCUUGGGGGCAGGUCCUCAAUAAAUGUGAAGUGCUGCUGCCCA